UGCGCAGUAGCUCAACGUUUGAGGAAAAAGUGAAAAUUCCAAUAAUUCUGGUAUGCUUUGUAUUAAUUGAGAGUUGUGAAUGUUACGCAUUUACGUGUAGAUUAUUAGAUGAUCGAUGGUUGCUCGUCGAGUUUAGUUCGUGAACUUUUAUCUUAAAUUGGUUGAAUACAGCCUUCUAUACUAGUACGUAUAAAGGUUGUAUUCGAAAGAGAUCGUCAACAGUUUUCCUUUCAAUUUACGCAUUAUAACCUUACAAUAAGAAAUAAUCGAUGAUGAAGCUUCUUUGUGUUCUUCUUUUCGCAUCAACCUGCCUUGGUGUAGAAAAGUCUAGUAAAUAUCAAUGUACAAUAGAACCCGAAAAUAAAUUAUCAUUCAAAAAUAUGGAGGAUUCAUGCAAAGAAAAAUUGGCAUCCCAAAUCAAAGUAGAAGUUCAAGCUUCUUUAAUGUAUCUUGGAAUGGGUGCACAUUUUGCACGUGAUAUUAUAAAUCGUCCUGGAUUUAGUAAAUUUUUCUUUGAAAGUGCAAAUGAAGAAAGAGAACAUGCAAUAAAACUUAUAGAAUAUUUGUUGAUGCGUGGUCAACUUGUAACUAAUAUUAAUAAAAUUUUACAAUUCCCAUUGCUAACAAAAAAUCAAACACGACAGGAAUGGAAUACUGGAAUUAAUUCACUUAAAUAUGCUCUUAAAUUAGAAUCUAGUGUUACUGAAAAGAUUAAAGCGAUCAUUAAAAGUUGUGAGACUAAUAGUCAGGAUUAUCAUUUGGUUGACUAUCUCUCUGGAGAAUUCUUGGAAGAACAAUACAAAGGAGAACGUGAUCUUGCUGGAAAAAUCUCCACAUUAGGUAAAAUGAUUAAAGAAGAGAAUUAUUUGGGAGAGUUCUUAUUUGAUAAAAAACUCUUGAAUGGUGAAGUUUAAUUUUCAUUCUAUAUAUGAUAUAAUUUUAAUGUAAUGCACAUAUACAAUAAAUAUAAUAAAUGUGGCCAUAUUUAGAAUAAUAUGAUGUCAUUCAACAUGUUUAUACUAGAUUUAUAAUUUUGUUACCAUCAUUAUAUCUCAGUAAGCUUUUUCAUAUAAAAUAUAUUUCUAAAUAUGGCCUUCAAUACUUAGAAAUUCUUAAAAUAACGUUUACAGUGUUUGUUAUUCUAUGAUAAAUAUAUUAUUCCUAAUGAUCAAAUAAAUAUUAUUUUGAGAUUGA